GCCGCCGUGGCCCGCGCCAAACCUGAGCGUCUCGGUCGGGAACUCCGGUUACCCCCUCGGGGCGCAAGGUGGCAGGGCACCUGAAGGCCAGGCUGAGGCCCCCUGCUCUCAUGGCCAGCCCUGGAAAGCCUGGGGCUGAUGAGGCCCAGGAGGAGGAGGGGGAACUCGAGGGGGGCUCUGCAGGGCCGCGGGCUGCAAUACUGGAGCAGGCUGAGGAGCUGUUUCUGCUGUGUGACAAGGAGGCUAAGGGCUUCAUCACCAAGCACGACCUGCAGGGUCUCCAGAGCGACCUGCCCCUCACGCCAGAGCAGCUGGAGGCUGUGUUUGAAAGUCUGGACCAGGCUCACACUGGCUUCCUCACCGCCAGGGAGUUCUGCCUGGGCCUGGGUGAGCCUGUGGCCUGCCUAUCCCCCACUGCCCAGAGCUGGAGGCCUGAUCAGGAGGCCUGGCACUUGUGGCGCCCUGAGGGCUGCCGGUGCCUCUCGUCCUCCUCCCUCCAGGGCCCGUGCUUUGUCUGCACGCACUCGCGCAUGGGGGCUCCUAGCUGCGGUGGAGUGUGUGGAGCUGACCUUCCUGGCCCCCAGCUCCUCUCCUGUGCUAAGCUCCGGGAUGUUUGUGGGGGUGGCGUCAGCCCAGGGAGCGAACCCCUGCAGGACUCCCGAGGAGACCUUUGAGUCGGGCGGGCUCGACGUGCAGGGCACGGCGGGCUCUCUGGAUGAGGAGGAGGAAGAGGAGGAGCGAUUCCACACUGUGCUGGAGCAGCUGGGGGUGGCCCCGGUCCUGGGCGAGCAGCGGGCUGUGAGGACGCUCUGGGCCAGGCUGCAGCGCGAGCGCCCCGAGCUGCUGAGCUCUUUCGAGGAUGUUCUGAUACGCGCGUCGGCCUGCCUGGAGGAGGCGGCCCGGGAGCGCGACGGCCUGGAGCAGGCGCUGCGGAGGCGCGAGAGCGAGCACGAGAGGGAGGUGCGCGCUCUGUACGAGGAGACGGAGCAGCUUCGGGAGCAGAGCCGGCGCCCGCCGAGUCAGGUGGGCCUCGGGCCCCGCCCCUCCCGCCAGGCCCAAUCCCACCUCGCUGGCCUCCCUGGCUCCGCCUUCUCUGAAUUAAUCCCUCCCCGACGGCCCCACCUCCGCGGGUCCAGGCUGCCCUCAGCCCGAGGAGAUCCCACUGGGCCUCACGUAUCACCCCCGUCCGGUCUUCUCCACCCGACCCCGCUCCGCCCUGGCCCACUCCCAGCCCCUGGCCCUCCGUGUACCUCUUUUGCAUGGCCGAGUGGCCGGCGGAGGCUCAGUGGUCCUCCGUGCGUCCCAGAACUUCGCCCGCGGGGAGCGGAGAAGCCGUCUGGAGCUGGAGCUGCAGAGCCGCGAGCAGGACCUGGAACGCGCGUGCCUGCGGCAGCGGGAGUUAGAGCAGCAGCUGCACGCCCAGGCUGCGGAGCACCUGGAGGCACAGGCCCAGAACUCCCAGCUGUGGCGGGCGCACGAGGCGCUGCGAACGCAGCUGGAGGGGGCGCAGGAGCAGAUCCGCAGGCUGGAGAGCGAAGCACGAGGCCGCCAGGAGCAAACCCAACGGUGCCGUGGGACGGGGCUGGGCGGGCCCCGGUGCGUGUCCCGGGGGCGGGGCCGACGGGCGCUCAGGUCUGGGCCACUUUCAUCCCCAUCUCAAGUCCCGGGCCCGCCCCGUGGGAGGGAGGAUCUUCUAGGGGGUCCUGGGGCUCCCCAAGGAGCCUUCCUGCAGCCGGGUCACCACCUCCCAUCCACAGAGACGUGGUCGCCGUCUCCAGGAACAUGCAGAAAGAGAAAGUCAGCCUGCUACGGCAACUGGAGCUGCUCAGGGAGCUGAAUACACGGCUGCGGGAUGACAGGGACACCUGCGAGGCCAGGCGGGCGGGCAGCAGCUGCAGGAAGGCUCUGACAACAGCCCGCCUGCCUGGGCCCACCUGCUGCUGCUGCUGUUGCUGGGCUCGGCCCCCCAGACGCGGCUCUGGCCACCUUCCCAGUGCCCGGUGACCAGCCCCGAGUGACUCACGGAGCAUGAGCUAGAAGCUGCCCUUGCAGGAGGCUUGUCAUGGGUCGGGGGUGCCCACUCAGGAUGCAGGCUCUCCCCAGGGGGCCCCAGGCUCGCCUGACUGAAGACAUGAAGGACCUAGCCUAGGAG